GAGGACAAUAUCGGUGAUGUAAACAGAAUGAAAACACCCCUGAUUUUUUGUGUCUUGUGUAACUUGCAUGGGACAUAUCAGUGAAGAAAUAAGCAAAAUGUAGAGAGAAAACAAAAUAGAAAACAUAAUAGACUAAUAGUGGUGUGAACAGCCUUGGAAGGUAUCAAGGGCAUUGUACAUUGUAUUUAAUACAGAAAAAAAAACUUUAUCAAUGCAUAAUCAAGAGACAAUGAAGAGAGAAAAGGCUGACCAAAUAAUUCCAGAAAUAGCCAUGCGGGGGGCAUCCAUGAGAGAUAUUCAGGCCAAAAUGGCAGAGUGUGAGAACAAUGAAGAGGAGAUAAUGCAUAGAGAGCAUGAAAUUAAUUUGAAAGUAUCAAACCACAGUAAGAUCAUCACCUCCCUGAUAGCAGGAGCAAUGGCGGGAGCUGUGGCAAAGACAGUGAUAGCCCCACUAGACAGGACAAAGAUUAACUUUCAAAUCUCCCAUAAGCAGUUUUCCUUCAGGGGAGCCAUCCUUUUCCUGAUAGAUACAGUGAAGAAGGAGGGGUUCACUAAACUGUGGAGGGGGAACUCUGCUACCAUGGUCAGAAUCAUCCCUUAUGCUUCCAUACAGUAUGCUUCUCAUGAGCAGUAUAAAAGACUGCUGAGCAGGGACAAGCGGAAACAACAUCUUCCUCCACACCUGCGGUUCCUGGCGGGGUCUCUAGCUGGAGUUACCUCCUCCUCACUUACGUAUCCCCUCGACCUGAUGAGGGCUAGAAUGGCUGUUACUGUUAAGUCUCAAUACAGCAACCUCUGGUCAGUAUUCAGACACAUAGUGAAGGCUGAGGGUGUUGCUACACUCUACAGAGGCUUUACCCCCACAGUGCUGGGGUCCAUUCCUUACUCAGGGGCCAGUUUCUUCACAUAUGAAACUCUGAAGAAAUGGCAUGCUGGUUACCGUGAUGGUCGAGAUCCUAACCCUAUAGAGAGGAUGAGCUUUGGGGCGGUGGCAGGCUUGAUAGGACAGUCUGCUUCCUACCCUCUAGACAUUGUGAGAAGGAGGAUGCAAACAGCAGGUGUGACAGGUACCAGUCAUGAGUACACCUCUAUCUAUCAGACAGUUUGUUUAGUCUGGAGAACGGAGAGUUGGAGAGGCCUGUAUAAGGGACUGAGCAUGAAUUGGAUCAAGGGUCCCAUCGCCGUCGGCACCAGCUUCACGGUUUACGAUAUCUCUCUCCAUUAUCUUAGGAGCUUCACCUACUUUCACGUUGAUGAUGAAGAUGGGACGUAAUUAUAGAAAGCGGCAUUUAGAUAUUUUCAAGAAAUUAUAGUCAUUUUGAUUUCUUGCGUACCUGUUAUGAAAUGUAGAUUUAAAAUAUUUAUAUGAAAUGUGAUAUGUUGUGUGAGACGAAGCCAAAAUUUAUGAGUGUUAGGUGUUUGGUAAGUUAUAGGUAGUUUAUAGUCAGAAAAUAUUUUUUUAAUUUUCUGAUUUUCAAUAUGCAUCAUACUAUUUCAGAGUUUUUCUUUCUAAAUGUUGAAAGUGUAAAGGCAUUGUUUGUGUUCUGU